CGUGACGGCGCGGUCACGUGGGGGGCGGCAACCAUGGCGGCGGCGCGGAGGCUGCUGCCGCGCUGGGCGGGAUCGCUGCGGCCGCUCAGCGCCGCGGCCGCCGGCGCCCUCCCGCCCCGCGUGAAGGUGGUGGAGGUGGGGCCGCGCGACGGGCUGCAGAACGAGCAGAGCAUCGUGCCGACGGCCGUGAAGAUCGGGCUGAUCGACAUGCUGUCCGAGACGGGGCUGCAGGUCAUCGAGGCCACCAGCUUCGUGUCGCCGCGGUGGGUGCCCCAGAUGGCCGACCACGCUGAAGUCAUGCAAGGGAUCAAUAAGUUGCCUGGUGUUAGUUAUCCCGUGCUGACCCCGAAUCUGAAAGGAUUUCAGGCAGCGGUGGCAGCGGGGGCCAAGGAAGUGUCCAUCUUUGGAGCAGCGUCAGAGCUCUUCACCAAGAAGAACAUCAACUGCUCCAUAGAGGAGAGCCUGGAGAGGUUCAGCGAAGUGAUGAGCGCCGCGCGAGCAGCCAGCAUUCCCGUCCGGGGAUAUGUUUCCUGUGUCCUUGGAUGUCCCUAUGAAGGGAAGAUUUCUGCAGCUAAAGUUGCAGAGGUCUCCAAGAAGAUGUACUCGAUGGGAUGCUACGAGAUCUCCCUCGGUGACACCAUUGGCAUCGGGACCCCAGGGAGCAUGAGGGAGAUGCUGACGGCGGUCAUGAAGGAGGUGCCAGUUGGGGCUCUUGCUGUCCACUGCCACGAUACCUAUGGGCAAGCUCUUGCCAACAUCUUGGUAGCACUUCAGAUGGGUGUGAGCGUGGUUGAUGCUUCUGUUGCUGGCCUUGGAGGCUGCCCCUAUGCCAAAGGAGCAUCGGGAAACGUUGCUACAGAGGACUUGGUGUACAUGCUGAACGGCCUGGGCAUCCACACGGGCGUGGACCUGCAGAAGCUGAUGGACACCGGUACGUUUAUUUGCAACGCGCUGAACAGAAGAACCAACUCCAAGGUGUCCCAGGCCUCCUGCAGGCUGUGAUAGCGGAUCAGGCGUGUCCCUGGGUCACGCAGAGAGCGCGGGUCUGGCGCCGGCCGGGCUUCCCUUCUGUGCUGCUGCCUCUCCUCCUCAGCGGGCCUCUCAGACUCAGAGCUCGAGAGGAAACUCAUCCGCUCGAAUCUGCGAAGAAACGAACAACCUGGGACUGCUUCACUGCUCCCGGAGCAGGCCGGGCGUGUGCCUGGGAGCGGGGAGGACAGAGGGCUGAGGGAGAGGGGGAUGGGCCUCGCCUCCGCGGGGAGAGCGGAGCCCAGGGCCCGGGCCCGGCCCCGGGCAGCCUCCCGGUGCCUCGGGAGCGAGCCGCCGAGCAGCGUGCGGUGCUGAGGCGCCGCCGGGCCCGGCCCUGCCGGCAGCAGCAGGACCUGGGCCGGAGCCCGCGGCCUCCCCUCACGCUGCACGGGGGGGACCGGGGGGCCCUGGGCCUGCCGCGGGGGGCUGGGGCUGCACCUGGUGCGGGACCCCGCUGGCUGCGGGCAGCGAUCACGGCGGUGUUUGUCGCAAUAAAGUCACAGCACCGUG